AUUUCAAAGUAUACACCAGAGGCCCAUCGUUCCCACAUUGUGAUGCGCUACGCUGUCAACAAGUGUCCAUUCAAAUCUGAUCCUCUGUACAUCGAGGAAGUCAAACUAUUGCACCCUGACGUGAUUGUACCAUCUCCAUGCACAGUGUUACGCGACACUAACGAUAUCUUCAUCAGGGAUCUAAGGGAUAUUUUUUCGGUAUAA